UCUCUCUCUCUCCAUUACCAAAACAGCUAUCUCUCCAACUUCCUCCCACUUCUAUAAUUUUGUGCAACCAGUACUCAAUUGGGAAACCAAUAUUUUUCACAAACUGUCUUUUCUCACUACAUACCCCAAAUGUUUCAUCAAUCAUUUGACACAGAUAUUGAGUUUUUUUCUAGGAGGUGCAUUUGGGUGAAUGGUCCUGUAAUUGUAGGGGCAGGUCCUUCAGGCCUAGCAGUUGGUGCUGGACUUAAAGAACAAGGUGUCCCAUUCAUUGUCCUAGAAAGAGCCGAUUGCAUUGCUUCUCUUUGGAAAAAACGCACAUAUGAUCGCCUCAAACUACACCUCCCAAAGCAAUUCUGCCAACUGCCCAAUCUUCCAUUCCCUGAGGACUUCCCAGAAUACCCCACAAAAGACCAAUUCAUAAGCUACCUGGAGUCCUAUGCAAACCACUUUUAUAUAAGUCCCAAUUUCAAUGAGAAUGUCCAGUCUGCCAAGUAUGACGAAACCUUUGGUCUUUGGAGGGUCAAGACGAUUAUUUCGACGAGCGACUCAAACCCUUCUGCUACUGCUGAAGUUGAGUACAUUUGCCGGUGGCUCGUGGUGGCAACUGGAGAGAAUUCGGAGAAAGUAGUGCCGGAAUUCGAAGGCUUGGAAGAGUUUAAAGGGAAUGUCGUGCAUGCCUGUGACUAUAAGUCUGGCGUGGCUUAUCAUGGCAAGCAAGUUCUAGUUGUUGGGUGUGGAAAUUCGGGCAUGGAAGUCUCUCUUGAUCUUUGCAAUCACAAUGCAAGCCCUUCGAUAGUGGUUCGAAGUUCGGUUCAUGUCUUGCCAAGGGAAAUUUUUGGAAAGUCAACCUUUGAGUUAGCAGUUUUAUUGAUGAAAUGGCUGCCACUCUGGCUUGCUGACAAGAUAUUGCUGAUGCUGGCAUGGCUAAUUUUUGGAAAUCUUGAAAAAUAUGGUCUGAAAAGGCCGACACUAGGUCCCUUGGAGCUAAAAAACAAUUCAGGGAAGACUCCAGUUUUGGAUAUUGGUGCCUUGGAAAAAAUAAGAUCUGGUGAGGUCAAGGUGGUUCCUGGAAUCAAGAGGUUCUCUCGUGGCAGAGUUGAACUUCUUGAUGGACAAAAUCUUGAGAUUGAUUCUGUUGUUUUAGCAACAGGGUACCGCAGCAAUGUUCCUUCAUGGCUCAAGGAAAAUGAAUUCUUUUCAAGAGAAGGAAUUCCGAAGAAUGCAUUCCCAAAUGGGUGGAAAGGGAAUGGAGGACUGUAUGCAGUAGGGUUUACAAGGAGAGGACUAUCUGGAGCCUCAUUGGAUGCCAUUGGUGUGUCACAGGACAUUGCCAAGAGCUGGAAAGAAGAGACCAAACAGAAGAGAAAAUCUGUUGCAGCUCGCCAUAGGAGAUGCAUUUCACAUUUUUAAAGAUGGAGGAGGGCUUGCAAAAAUGACAGAGAAAUUGGAAAUAUCCUUUUUUCCCCAUUGAAAAUCAAAUAUUAUUUGGUGACUGAUCAACCAGAACUGGGAUCAGUUUGUGUAGAAAAUAAUGUUGAAUACAGAAGGUAGCCCUCUCCUAUAGAAAAACCCCUAACAUAUGAAAGUAAUUGGCCAUAAAAGGAAGAUGUGGCUUA